AGUUAUUCGGAUCCUCUCUCUCUUCUCUAGACUACUCCGCUACAUGCAGUUAAUGUCAUUUGCAUAUAGUACAUUGCUGCUGCUCUCUCUCUCUUAGUCUACUCAAUUGGUAGAUAGAUAGAGACUUUCUGCUAAAAGGCUGCAUAACUGCAUUUCUGUGGAAUUUCAGUUUAAAUGUGGAAGCUAAAGAUAGCUGAGGGAGGGAAUCCAUGGCUUCGAACUCUAAACAAACAUGUAGGAAGGCAAGUGUGGGAGUUCGAUGAGGAACUUGGAUUGCCUGAAGAAAUCAAUGAAAUCGAGAAAGUUCGCGAGAACUUUCGGAAUAACCGCUUUGUUAAAAAGCACAGUGCAGAUCUUCUGAUGCGUAUGCAGUUCUCCAAAGAGCAACCAAGUAAUACAGUCUUACCGCAAGUCAAAGUGAAGGAUGUGGAAGAUAUUACAGAGGAUAAAGUAAAAAACACAUUAAGAAGAGCUAUCGAUUUUUAUUCAACUAUCCAGGCGCAUGAUGGACAUUGGCCGGGCGAUUAUGGUGGUCCUAUGUUUCUUAUGCCAGGAUUGAUUAUUGCUUUGUCUAUAACUGGAGUGCUGAAUGCCGUACUGUCAAAAGAACACAAGCGUGAGAUGUGUCGCUAUGUAUAUAAUCAUCAGAACAUUGAUGGUGGGUGGGGCUUGCAUAUUGAAGGUCCAAGUACCAUGUUUGGAACAGUGUUGAAUUAUGUUGCUAUGAGAUUACUUGGUGAAGAAGCUACUGAUGGGGAAGGGUCAAUGGAGAAAGGUCGCAAAUGGAUUCUGGAUCAUGGUAGCGCUACCGCAAUAACUUCUUGGGGGAAAAUGUGGCUUUCAGUACUUGGGGUAUUUGAAUGGUCAGGUAAUAAUCCAUUGCCUCCAGAGAUAUGGCUUUUGCCAUAUAUUGUCCCAUUUCAUCCAGGAAGGAUGUGGUGUCACUGUCGGAUGGUUUACUUACCAAUGUCUUAUUUAUAUGGGAAGAGGUUCGUUUGUCCAAUCACACCAACCAUUCUGGCAUUGAGAAAAGAACUCUACAACAUUCCUUAUCAUGAAAUAGAUUGGAAUAAAGCACGCAAUGAGUGUGCAAAGGAAGAUUUGUACUACCCUCAUCCAAUGGUACAGGAUAUUCUCUGGGAAGUUCUUGACAAGGUCGUGGAACCAAUUUUAAUGCGUUGGCCUGGGAAGAAAUUGAGAGAGAAGUCUCUUCAGACUGUAAUGAAGCAUAUACAUUAUGAAGAUGAGAAUACACGUUAUAUAUGCAUAGGUCCAGUGAACAAGGUUCUAAACAUGCUUUGCUGUUGGAUAGAGGAUCCUAAUUCCGAGGCUUUCAAGCGGCAUAUUCCAAGAAUUUAUGAUUAUCUCUGGCUUGCUGAAGAUGGCAUGAAAAUGCAGGGUUAUAAUGGAAGUCAAGCAUGGGACACUUCUUUUGCCAUUCAAGCAAUUUUAUCAACAAAUCUAGCUGAUGAAUAUGGUACAACUCUUAAGAAAGCUCAUACCUAUAUAAAGAACUCACAGGUUUUAGACGAUUGCCCGGGCAACCUGGAAUUCUGGUAUCGCCAUAUUUCAAAGGGUGCUUGGCCUUUUUCCACGGCAGAUCAUGGAUGGCCCAUUUCAGACUGCACAGCUGAAGGACUGAAAGCUAUCGUUCAGUUGUCUAAACUUCCACCAGACUUGGUUGGUGAGAAGCUAGAUGCAGCACGAAUGUAUGAUGCUGUAAACGUUAUUCUUUCUCUACAGAAUAGUGAUGGAGGUUAUGCUACUUAUGAACUCACAAGAUCCUACCCUUGGAUGGAGUUGAUCAACCCAGCUGAAACAUUUGGCGAUAUAGUCAUUGAUUAUCCUUAUGUUGAGUGUACCUCCGCUUCAAUUCAGGCUUUGACUUCAUUUAAGAAAUUAUACCCAGGGCACCGGAAAGGAGAAAUAGAAGAUUGCAUUAGUAGAGCUGCAUUGUUCCUUGAAAGUAUUCAAUUAACUGAUGGAUCAUGGUAUGGUUCUUGGGGAGUUUGCUUCACAUAUGGUACAUGGUUCGGGAUCAAAGGUUUGGUAGCUUCAGGAAGAAACUAUAGUAACUGUUCUAGUAUACGCAAGGCUUGUGAUUUUCUGCUUUCUAAUCAACUCACUUGUGGCGGUUGGGGAGAAAGCUAUCUCUCUUGUCAGGAUAAGGUUUAUUCAAAUCUUAGCGGGAAUAGGUCUCACCUUGUAAAUACUGCUUGGGCUAUGCUGGCUCUUAUUGAAGCUGGCCAGGCCAAAAGAGAUGCAAUGCCGCUUCACCGUGCAGCGAAAGUAAUAAUAAAUUCGCAAAUGGAAAAUGGCGAUUAUCCACAAGAGGAAAUAAUGGGGGUGUUCAAUAGAAACUGCAUGAUAACUUAUGCAGCAUACAGAAACAUAUUCCCUAUUUGGGCAUUGGGUGAGUACAGAUGUAAGGUGUUAAUGUUGAAGGCAGCUUGAGAAGAAAACCAUUUGCUAAUUGUGUUGCUUCAUUACUCCUUUUCAACUUUACCUGCUAGUCUUUAAAACAUUAAUUAGUAGAGGUUUAAGUGAACAACUGUCUGUAUGUAUACAACAUAUACACUCACUCAUCCUUGGUUACAAGUUACAGCCUUAUCUAUUUCU